AUGGACGAACCUGGACUUUCUGCUUGGCUUGAAGCCCUGCCUGCCGUUGUUGUUGAAGAAGCACCUCAUGGAACAGACCGCGAAGCUGGCAAUUCAUCUGGUGAGGGCCAGCCACAAGAAGAGCCAAUGUUGGCAGCCGACGAGGCUCCACUUGAAGUGAACUUUGAAGUUGGCGGCUUGCCUGGCGAUGGGCAGGCGCGUGGACGACAGGUGCUGGACAAAAGUCCGAUCUUCACUGAGAAGGAGCGCGCAAACUAUGAGAGGACAAUCUUUGAGCAGAGCUUGACAUCGAUUGGCGCAGGGAUGCCUGCCUUGCCAUGGGAGCAGGGCAUCUUCAAGGAGAUUUUUGGAGAAGCAAAGUCGGACAACUUGCCCACGCUCGAGGACCUAGUCGCUUAUCCAGCUGGAGCGGCCCCUGGAUCGUCAGAUGACGCAAGACUGAAAGUUGAGGUCACAGGUGUCACAUCUUCUUUGCCUGGAGACAUGCCGCUAUAUGCAAAGCAUAUCAAAGCGCUGUGUGACAGAGAUUAUGCAGCAACGUUAGAUCUCACCUGGACUAAAGCUUUGGCAAGUUGGUUGAUUGUUCUCGAGGACUGCAACUUCGAAUCGUCAGUUGGUCACUACGUUCAGGAGAAGUUGCAGGCCAUGGACAGGGAUGGUGCCUUGCUGUGCAUCAGAGAUGCGUGCGGGGUGCGUUCACCCUCCACCGUGUUGAAGAGGGCUCGAGACUUGAUCCUUUUCGUGAAGUGGUGCGAAAAGAAUGACCUGCGGUGGUGGCCCAUCAAGGAGCGGAACCUUCUCGACUACUUGCAGGGCAAGGAGGACGAGAAGCGUAGCAAGUUCAUCGGCAAGAACCUCAUCCAUGCUUUAAAGUUCUUCAAGUACAUCAUUGGAGCAGAGUUCAACAUCGAAGCUGUGCUGGGUCCAAUGUUGACCGGGAAAGUGAGCAGAGUUCUGGCGACCAGAGACCCGACUGAACAAGCUAGGCCAUUGACAGUGGCAGAGGUGUUGAGGCUUGAGGUCAUGCUGGACACAGUCAAGAACAAGUAUGACAAGUACUUCAUCGGGUGCAUCCUCUAUGCCAUCUACUCUCGUUCGAGAUGGAGCGACAUGGCCAACAUCCACCACUUCUUCUUCGAUGUGAUAGGCACAAGUGAUGGCCCUUUUGGAUUCGUGGAAGCCAGAACCAGAAUCCACAAAACUUCGACCACUGCAGAAAGGAAAGCGAUGUACAUGCCGUAUGUGGCCUCAGUGAAUGGCAUAGGCAGCGGCAGUUGGGGCCUUAAGUGGAAAGUCGUUCUGGAGGAACUUGGGCUGCUUGAGCUGGGACCGCCUCAUGGUCCAAUCUGCAGAGCUCCUACGGUUGACGGUGGCUUCACCAAAAGGCCCGUGUCCACGAGUGAGGGGACGAACAUGAUCAAUGCAUACCUGGGAUACAGAGAUGGUGACCAAGCCGCCACAACCACUCACUCCUUGAAGAGCACCCUGCUGGUUUGGGCAGCACGAUACGGCUUGAGCGAGCCAGUACGCGGUUUGUUGGGGCAUCAUUCUCUGAAAGAGAAUAGUGUGGCAUGCUACAGUCGGGACAUGUUGAGCCAGCCCAUGCGUGAGCUUUGCGCCAUGGUCUACAACAUCAAGCUUGGGAACUUCGUACCAGACGGGACGCGCUCUGGGUGGAUGGUGCGAAAACAGGCACCGUUGUUCGAGCCACAUGCACCUGGUGACGAUGAGGCAGAUUACUUUGGGAGUCCGUCGGUUCUGGAGGGUGAAAAAGAUGUUUCUGCCGACACCGGCUUUGACCCGAACAACCCCUUCGGAGAGCCUGAACGAUCUGGCAACGCUGAAGAGCACAACGAAGAGCCAGAAGAAGGUGCUCGAGAUGACGGAGACGAAGAUGGCGAAGACUUCGUGGAGAGCGCCAGUGAGAGUGAAGAUUCGAGCGCAAGUUCCGACAACGAAGAAGAGCUGCACAAAGAGAAGGCCAGUGUCAUCGAGAGCGGCUUGGAGCCAGAGGUAAAAGGGCCUUUGAUGCAGAACAAGAGGAGCCGCAUGCUGCACACGCAGAACCCUGACCCGAAGAACCAUUUGCAGCCUGUUACGUCAUGUGGACUCCAUGGCAUCGGUUUCAACGUCUUGGCUGAGGGGUCGAUCUUUAGCUGGCCCAAAUGCAGCAAGUGUUUCAAAGAUGCUGACAACAAGUCGGUGAUAGAUGUAGUCAACGCCAGCAAGCGUCGGCGUAUCUGA